UUUUUAUUUUUACUUUGUACUACAUCACAUUUCUUCUUCCUGGUUGCACUCCACUUCUUAUUCCCCCAACCCCCCUCUCCUCUCCCUAUCUCUUCACUUAACUUACUCAUUCUGCUUUCUUUAUUGCUUGUAGGGUCACUUGCACUGAAACUCUGAACUCCAAGCUCCUUAGGAAAGAAACAAAGAAAGUUCUCUCAACUCCCACCGCUCACAUCCACAUCCACAUCCACACCCACACCCACCUCUCUCUCUCUCUCAAUGGAGAGCCCAACGCUGAGCCCAGCAGCGGCCCAAAUCCUCUCACCAAGCAGCAGCGGAAGAAGAAGAAGUAGAGGCAGUUGCUCCACAUCGCCCGAGUUCGAGUUCUGGAUGGUCCGAAACCCAUCUUUCCCACAGCCCAAUCUCCUCUCAGCUGACCAACUCUUUGACAACGGUGUUCUCCUCCCUCUCCACCGUCUCAUCCAAACUCCUCAACCCGACCCGGAUCCUCCCUCCUCUAAUCCGGACCCUGAACCCGGCCCAGGCCCCGAGUUGUUGUCUGCCGUUAUAACGGCCUCCGAGUCAACCGCCGCCUCUUCCGCGUCAAAGAGAUGGCGAGACAUUUUCAAGAAGAGUGACAAGAAAAAUCAAGACGAUAAAUUGAAAGAAAAGGAGAAAGAGAAGGAGAAAAAGAAAGUUGAUAAGGAGAGAAAGAGUAACACCGCCGGAGCUAGCUCAGCCGAGUUAAACAUCAACAUAUGGCCAUUUUCUCGGAGCAGAUCCGCCGGUACAGCCACGACCCGACCCAAACUAAAUUCCGGGUCGACCCGGAAAGUUAACAGCGCGCCAUGCUCGCGUAGCAACUCAGCAGGCGAGUCCAAGUCGAGGAAGUGGCCGAGCAGUCCGGGUCGACCCGGAGUCCAUCUGGGUCGGAGCAGCCCCGUUUGGCAAGUCCGUCGAUCCGGCUCGGGUUCCAAGAACUCCGACCCUCUGUUUCGGAGCUCCGAAAAGACAAACAAGAAGGACGUGUCGGACACGCGCCGAGCCAGAACCGUACCAAGCAGUAGUAGCGGUGGGCCCACCACCAAAACAAAGGUGUUGAAUUUGAACGUGCCGAUGUGCAUUGGGUAUCGGCACCAUUUGAGCUGUAGAAGCGACGAGCAGAGUGCACUCGGCGGCGGCGGUAACGGUAACGGUGACGGUAACAAUAACCGUAAAACUGUUACUGGUGGGAGUAGCGGUGAAAGUAACAGUACUGGUAAUAAUCUUUUUAACCUGCGAAGCCUUUUCACUAAGAAGGUUUAUUGAAAAGUUAUCUACUAAUUAUCAUUAUAACAAUUAUUUAUUUUCAUUGGAGAGAUUAUUUAUGUUACUUUUGCUGAAGUGAAUUUGAUUUUUUUUUUUUUCUUGUAAAAAGAGAAUUAGUUUUUUGUUUUCUUUCUUUCUUUCAUAUGUAAUUAACCAAGAAAAGUAGUAGUUUUUUUAAUAUGGAAUUUGCUUAUUGUGUUUAGUAGUUUGUAU